AUGGCUAUCAUCACCGGUCCCAACCACCCUGUUAACUGCUCCGCCCCGGUGGAGUCUGGCUCGGCCAGCACGCACUUCGUUACCGUCAUGUCUGACUGCGAGUCGCCGUGGAUGGAGGGGUUCACCGACCACCUCGAGGAUUUCAUCCACAGGACUCUCGACGACGAUAACAUCACCAAGGACGAGUUCAAGCUCGAGUGGGAGACCACUGGCGACCACCCCAAGGGCUUCACUCUUCGCUUCGACCAGUACAUCAUUAGCGCCGAGGCCUUCUGCAGGAUCAGCAACUUCAUGAUCAUCUAUCUUGAGGCCCCGGUCGUGGUCACCAUGUCGCCGGGCCUCCCCCUCCGUCGCACUAUGCGCUUCCACAUGGACUGCGCUACCGACACCAACCGCCUUGUCAUUUGGCAGACCUGCGCCCGUUUUCCCUGCAUGCUCUAA